AUGUCGUCGCCAGUGUUCGGUGCGAGUCCGUACCUCCAUCAAACUGCUGAGUCGCCUCCACAUGCAACGCAGCCGUCGGCACCUCCGGCUGAAAGUGCAGCCCCACCCGUCAAGCGCGAAUGCAACGACUUUUUCUUUUUAAUCCCCUUCGUGGCCGUCGUGGUCCUCACUAUCGUGUUUGCGGCCAAGUACGGCGACGACUUUAUCAAUGCCACGAACGUCGAGGGCCUCUCCGAAGCGUCGGGCGUCAAACUCAUGCUCAGUAUCGUUGGUCUUUCAGCUCUCGCGGCUGCCGGUAUGUCCGUCGUUUGGAUCGCUGCCAUGGUUCUACUGGCCGAGUUUCUCAUUUGGGUGGCUCUCAUCACAAUAAUUGUACUCAACAUUAUGGCCGCCAUUCUGCUAACCAAGAAGGCGUACGACAGUGGUUCGGACUGGUACUGGUGGCCGGCCGUCGUCUUCGGCCUCUUUGCGCUGCUGACGAUUCUGUACGUCUGCUGUAUCCGCAAGCGCAUCAAAUUCGCUGCGGCGCACCUGAAGGUGGCAGGAAAUGCCAUCUUCCGACUUCCUAUGACACUUGUAGUGGCGCUCAUCAUGGUCGGCGUACAGAUCGGCUGGGGCAUCCUGUGGGUGCUCGGCAGUCUCGGCAUCAUGUUCCAUCAGGACUACAUCAAGCUCGAGAACACCACUUGCACAUCAGAGAGCUGCGAGCUCAAGUACAAAACGGGGGCGAUCGUGGGCGUGCUGUGCGGUAUGCUGCUCAUCUACUUCUGGGCCACCUUCGUGUUGCGCAAUAUCAUCGGCGUCACGACGGCCGGGACUGUCGCCGCGUGGAAAAGUGCGGCCAACACGCCUUUUAUCACGAUGGGGGCGUGGCUGCGAGCUGUGACACUCAACCUGGGUAGUAUCUGCUUGGGGUCCCUCAUUGUUGCCGUUCUGGAGACGAUCGUGUGCAUUCUGCGCCUUCUAGCGUGGCUAGCUGGUCGUAGUGGCAACUGUUGCCUCGCGUGUCUGCUCUCGUGUUUGUCUUGCAUCAUUUCGUGUAUCGAGAGCUGCAUCGAGUUCUUUAACCGCUUUGCCUACUCUUACGUGGGUUGCUACGGCUACAGCUUCGUGACGGCCAGUCGCCACGUCUUCAAGUUGUUCGCCGCAAAGGGCUGGAGUGCCAUCGUGAACGAUGACCUGACCGGCAACGUAUUCUGGCUAGGUAACAUUAUCAUCGGUGCAGUGACCGCUUACAUCGGUGUGCAGAUGGUCGACGGCACCGACUCAGCUCGCCUGGCCAUGUUCUCUCACCCGCACGUGUUCGUGGCCUUCUUUGGCUUCUUCGUCGGCUACGGUAUCAACAACCUCUUCAUGUCGGUCGUCGCCAGCGCGGUGACCACCAUCUUCGUUCUUUGGGCCGAAGAUCCGCAUGGGUGGCAACUCACUCGUCCAAAACACUACGAGACGCUACACAAGGCGUGGCUCAAAAUCUACCCAGACGAGUACAACAACGGCUACGGCAAGCAAGUGGACGGCAAUACCGAUGGUCGUGUUUAG